CGCAGCGGCUCUGCAGCGCUGGAGCAGGCGGCCACCGGCGGUGGCGCGGGGCCCUCAGCGUUGUCCUCUGACCCUGAGCCGCGGUGGAGGAAGAGGGAAGUCUGGCCUCUAUGCACGAGCCCGAGGAAGGAGGAUGACGAUUUAACUCUCUCUCUCCUGCCAGUCCAGCUGCCGGGCGCAGCCUUGGUGCCCGGAGCUUCCCCGCCGCGUCCGGGAAAGUGCCGCAUGGGGCAGGGCCGCUGAAGCGCGGAGUUCGGGGUCGCGCCGAGGCGGGCGCAGGGGCCCGUUGCGGCAGUUGGCACAGUUUCGGCGGCACCUUCAGCGCGGGAGUUGGGGGCGCGGCGCGCCUCUCCGGUGCCUCGGUGCCCUCGUGAGGCGCGAGUUAUGGAGCCCCCCAGCUGCAUUCAGGAUGAGCCGUUCCCGCACCCCCUGGAACCCGAGCCGGGCGCCCCUGCGCAGCCGGGCCCGGGGAAGCCGGGCGACAAGAGGUUCCGGCUGUGGUACGUGGGGGGGUCGUGCCUGGACCGAAGGACCACGCUGCCCAUGCUGCCCUGGCUCAUGGCCGAGAUCCGUCGGCGUAGCCAGAAGCCCGAGACCGGCAGCUGCGGGGCGCAGGCGGCCCGUGAGGUGCUUUUGGUACUCAGUGCGCCCUUUCUACGCUGCGUCCCCGCGCCAGGCCCCGGGGCGACAGGGGGUUCUGGCCCCACGGCCGCGCAGCCCAACCCGGCCGUGUUCAUUUUCGAGCACAAGGCGCAGCACAUCUCGCGCUUCAUCCACAACAGCCACGAUCUCACCUACUUUGCCUACCUGAUCAAGGCCCAGCCCGACGAUCCCGAAUCGCAGAUGGCUUGCCAUGUUUUCCGCGCCACAGACCCCAAUCAGGUUCCUGAUGUUAUCAGUAGCAUAAGGCAGUUGUCUAAAGCUGCCAUGAAAGAGGAUGCCAAACCCAGCAAAGAUGGUGAGGAUGCCUUUUACAACUCUCAGAAGUUCGAAGUCCUGUACUGUGGAAAGGUGACCGUGACCCACAAGAAGGCCCCAUCCAGCCUCAUCGAUGACUGCAUUGAAAAGUUCAGCCUCCACGAGCAGCAGCGCCUGAGGACCCAGGGCGAGACGCGCGACCCCGAUGCCCGCAGUGACCCGGUGGUCUUUGAGGUCGAGGGACCCAGUUCACCCUCAGACAUUCUUUUGGAGGAAGAGGAUGGCGUCACUGACACCCACCCUGUCUUCCCAGCCGUGGCCAGCCAGCCUGGGCUGUCCAGCUCUCGAUGUUCCUUCCCUGAGCGGAUUUUGGAAGAUUCUGGCUUUGAUGAACAGCAGGAGUUCCGGUCUCGGUGCAGCAGCGUCACAGGAGUCCUGCAAAGGAAAGUUCAUGAAAACAGCCAAAAACCACAGCCGCGAAGGAGACACGCCAGCGCGCCCAGUCACGUACAGCCCUCGGACUCGGAGAAGAACAGAACCAUGCUGUUUCAGGUUGGGCGAUUUGAAAUUAACCUCAUCAGUCCAGACACUAAAUCAGUUGUGCUUGAAAAGAAUUUUAAAGAUAUCUCUUCUUGUUCACAGGGUAUAAAGCAUGUUGAUCACUUUGGCUUUAUCUGUCGGGAGGCACCAGAGCCUGGGCUGAGCCAGUAUAUAUGUUACGUGUUCCAGUGUGCAAGUGAAUCUCUGGUUGAUGAGGUAAUGCUGACUCUGAAACAGGCUUUUAGUACAGCAGCUGCCCUGCAGAGUGCCAAGACCCAGAUUAAGCUGUGCGAGGCCUGCCCUAUGCACUCUUUGCAUAAGCUCUGUGAAAGGAUUGAAGGUCUCUACCCGCCAAGAGCCAAGCUGGUAAUUCAGAGGCAUCUCUCAUCCCUGACAGAUAAUGAGCAAGCUGACAUCUUUGAACGAGUCCAGAAAAUGAAGCCAGUCAAUGACCAGGAAGAAAAUGAACUCGUGAUUUUACAUCUGAGGCAGCUGUGUGAAGCCAAGCAGAAGACACACAUUCACAUCGGGGAAGGUCCCUCGACUAUUUCAAACAGUACAAUCCCAGAAAAUGCAACAAGCAGUGGACGGUUCAAACUUGACAUUCUGAAAAAUAAAGCUAAAAGAUCUUUAACUAGCUCCCUGGAAAAUAUCUUCUCAAGGGGAGCUAACAGAAUGAGAGGUCGACUUGGAAGUAUGGAAAGCUUUGAACGGUCCAACAGUCUUGCGUCAGAGAAGGACUAUUCACCAGGAGACUCUCCACCAGGAACACCACCGGCCUCCCCGCUGUCCUCAGCAUGGCACACGUUCCCUGAAGAGGAUUCUGACUCUCCACAGUUUCGCAGACGAGCGCACACGUUCAGCCACCCACCAUCAAGCACAAAGAGAAAGCUGAAUUUACAGGAUGGGAGGACUCACAGUCUCCGUUCCCCUCUUCUGAGGCAGAGCUCCAGCGAGCAGUGCAGCAUUCUUCCAUCAGUUCGGCGCAUGCACAAGGAGAAUAAUUCUUCUUCCAGCCUUCCAAGUCUUCAUACUUCCUUCUCUGCCCCUUCCUUCACUGCCCCCUCUUUCCUGAAAAGCUUUUACCAGAAUUCAGGUAGACUGUCCCCACAGUAUGAAAAUGAAAUCAGACAGGACACUGCUUCAGAAUCAAGUGAUGGAGAAGGGAGGAAAAGGACCUCGUCUACUUGCAGCAAUGACUCCCUAAACGUUGGAGGAACCCCUGUUCCCCCUCGCCGAAUCUCCUGGAGACAGCGUAUCUUCCUCAGGGUUGCUUCUCCCAUGAACAAGUCUCCCUCAGCAAUGCAGCAACAGGAUGGACUGGAAAGGAAUGAGCUGCUGCCACUGUCCCCUCUUGCUCCAACCAUGGAGGAGGAACCGCUGGUUAUAUUCAUGUCUGGUGGAAAUGACCCAGAAAAGACUGAAGGAAGAAAAAAAUCAGAAGAGCUGAGGAGUUUGUGGAGAAAAGCUAUACACCAACAAAUUUUGUUACUUCGCAUGGAAAAAGAAAACCAGAAACUUGAAGAAGCAAGCAGACAUGAACUCCAGUCCAGAAAAGUUAAAUUGGACUAUGAAGAGGUUGGUGUCUGUCAGAAGGAGAUCUUAAUAACCUGGGAUAAGAAGUUGUUAAACUGCAGAGCGAAAAUCAGAUGUGAUAUGGAAGAGAUUCAUACUUCUCUUAAAGAAGGUGUUCCCAAAAGUCGGCGAGGAGAAAUCUGGCAGUUUCUAGCCUUACAAUAUCGCCUGAGGCACAGAUUGCCUAAUAAACAACAACCUCCUGACACCUCCUAUAAAGAACUUCUAAAGCAGCUUACCUCUCAGCAGCAUGCUAUUCUCGUGGAUUUAGGAAGGACAUUUCCUACUCACCCUUACUUUUCAGCACAGCUUGGGUCAGGGCAGCUGUCGCUCUUCAAUCUUUUGAAAGCCUACUCAUUGCUGGACAAAGAAGUGGGUUAUUGUCAGGGGAUCAGCUUUGUGGCUGGAGUCCUGCUUCUGCAUAUGAGUGAAGAGCAAGCCUUUGAAAUGCUGAAAUUCCUCAUGUAUGACCUAGGCUUCCGCAAGCAGUACAGACCUGACAUGAUGUCCUUACAGAUUCAGAUGUACCAGCUGUCCAGACUCCUCCAUGACUAUCACAGAGAUCUCUACAAUCAUCUGGAAGAAAAUGAAAUAAGCCCCAGUCUUUAUGCUGCCCCCUGGUUCCUCACGUUGUUUGCCUCUCAAUUUCCAUUAGGAUUUGUAGCCCGAGUUUUUGAUAUUAUUUUUCUUCAGGGAACUGAAGUUAUAUUUAAGGUUGCUCUCAGCCUACUGAGCAGCCAAGAGACACUUAUAAUGGAAUGUGAAAACUUUGAAAAUAUUGUUGAAUUUCUUAAAAGCACACUACCUGAUAUGAAUACAUCUGAAAUGGAAAAAAUUAUCACCCAGGUUUUUGAGAUGGAUAUUUCAAAACAGUUACACGCCUAUGAGGUGGAAUAUCACGUGCUGCAGGAUGAGCUUCAGGAAUCUUCAUAUGCCUGCGAGGACAGUGAACCUGUGGAGAAGCUGGAGAGGGCCAACAACCAACUCAAAAGACAAAACAUGGACCUCCUUGAAAAAUUACAGAUAGCUCAUGCUAAAAUCCAGACCUUGGAAUCCAAUCUGGAAAAUCUUUUGACCCGAGAGACCAAAAUGAAGUCUUUAAUCCGGACCCUGGAGCAGGAGAAAAUGGCUUAUCAAAAGACAGUGGAGCAAAUCCGGAAGCUGCUGCCCGAGGAUGCUCUCGCCAAUUGCGACUCCCUGCUGAGAGACCUGGACAGCAACGCUAACAACAAAGCCAAGACAGGAAACAAGCCAUAAGUGACACAGCGCCGUCUUAGCAGCAUGUGCUGUGAGAAGGCUCCGGAAAGCAAGAGCGGCCUGCGGCUGGCCCCAGCCCGGGACACCGGGACACCCGUGCUGGCGGAAGCCAACCGCCCGAGGCCCAGCCCGAGGGCCUUGCUCUCCUUAGUUUGCCAAUCCGAAGCCAUUGUAUAUAGGUAGACUGGUUUUUCUUCUUGUCGUUGACUGUGUACAUAUAUACAUACAAUGGACAUAAGGAGUUCAUGCUUUCGGAUCAAAGGAGUAGAUGUAUAUUUAGAGCAAUGUUUUUGUUGUUGUAUUUUUUUAAAUCAAAACUUCAUGAAAUCCACGCCAAAGGGAAGCUAACGUGAAAUCCCCCUUGGUCACAUGUGAAAUCAUUUUGUCUUUGUAGUGAAACAGACCUAGAGCCUCUCUGCCUGUUGAAAUACACUUGAAAAAAAUGAAUGUAUUUUUUUCUCCAAAGAACAGUAUGUUUCACUCAGUGGUGAGGAGGUGGAAACAUUUGUGUAACGUUAUGUGUAUCUGUCUUAAAAAGUACUGAUAUACUGUAUGUAUCUGGAAAAUGACUGAUUGCCAGUCAUGUUACUAUGGUUUGUUUUCAGGAAAAUGGGGGCCUUCCUCCGCCCCCCGGGCCUGUUUUGUGCCAACUAGCAUGUGAUGCCUAUAUGCAUUUUGAGUCUGGUCAGGCAUUUCUUUAGACAUGCUUACAGAGAAGGCAAGAUGCUGUGGUGAGUCUGCCUGUCCAGGUCAAGGUGAGAGAAUGUUCUUAAUUUUCUUGCAAAUUAGACCUGUAUUGUAACUCAAACUAAAAAUAUCAGGUCUUGGAAUUUUAAUUUAGUACUUAAAUUGUCUAGAUCAGCUUUUCCCCUUUUUUAUUAAAAUUACUCCUACAGUUGUAAACAGACUCCCCUUUCCUUGGUGCCACAGUUGGUGACAAAGAUUUGCUGUUUUCUCACCAAAAUGUGGAAGCUCUUAGUUUUGUUCUUUCUAUAUUAAAUGAAGGAUAUGAAAAUAUAAUUAUGAUUGGUUUUCUAAAGGUAAUAUUCUGUGUUCAGGUACUUUUAAAAAAUUACCAUUAUUAUUAUUUUGGCCAAUCAUUAGACUCUAGCCAGCUUGUAAUCAUCUUCCCCUUUCAUGUGAAAACUUAUGAGAACUGUGAAAUGUUUAAAGCAAACUAUUGAAAUCCUUUGGAAGGGGAGGAGUGAGUGGCACCAAGCCCUUCUGAAGCCUGCAGUUCUGCAUUUGGACUCCUGACUUUCUCAGCCACAGAGAACUUAUUAGAGGACAUUCUCGCAUGCUCGGUGUGCGGAAGGGAAGUAAUUUUCAAAGUGCACAUGAAAUUCUCCAUUUCAGAGAUGAUUCUGUGAGAGUGUCUCUGAAAGUAGAGCAGCAUUUUUGCCUUUCCAAAUAAUAUUUAUCAUUACUGCUUUUCGCAGUACUUAUAGUAUCACAGAUGGAUUAUCUGGGAUACUUUUCUUCAAAGGGAGCUUGUUAUAUACACAAGCUGCUGUGUAUUACAGAGUAGAGGAGUAAAGCUCUAACGGUUUCGGAAAACUUCAAUGAGCAGGUGACAUGUGUCUGGUACCUUCCUCCACACUGUUACUCAGUGGAAAUGUAAUGACUCUUGUUACACAUCAGCAUGCCUUCUAAUCCAGGCAGUUUCUUAAAAGGAAAUAAAGUCUUAGUAAAGUUAAUGUAAUUUCUAGGUUCUAGAAAAUGCUGACUCUAGGUACCUCAUUUCCUUGGGGCCGCCAACUGAUUUGUUGCUUGGAUUUCCCCCAAAUUUCUCUAUUUGUAAGGGGAGGUGUUUUCCUAUGAGGCAUAUGACAAAUAUCAUCUGGGUCCUGUUAUCAUCAGGUGACGACAACUACCUGAUAUGUAUGAUACACAGGUGGUAGCCAAGGAAUCUUCAAGUUGGGAAAAGAAACUUUUCCUUUCAGUUGUUCAGUUUAAAGUGAAUUUUAUUGUGGAUGUUCAAAAUCAACAUUAUGAAUUGCAUUACAGUGUUCAGAGAUUGAGGUGUCUUGGAUACAAUAUUUGUUUUGAAAAUGAACUUCCUUUUCUUUUGUGAUUUUUUAAAAAAAAUGUUGCAUCGAAUAUGCUUCAUGCAUUGUUACAUCUUCAUCUGAUAUAUGUAAUGUCUAGCUCAUUUCCAAUAAAUACAUUGCUACAGUU